AACUGCUUCUAUAUGGAAUCUUUGAAGCUGUUGAUGGAGAGAAGGAUCCUCAUUGCUUGUUGCUAGCAUUUGACAUCAUUCGUGCACUGAUUCAACUAUUUCCAAAUCCUAAUGGGCUGCUAGAAAAUUUUUCUGGAGAGCUUUUUGAUACUUUGAGCAGUUACUUUCCCAUUCAUUUUACUCAUGUAUGCAAACCUUACCCUCACUAUACAUGCGAAUUUAUUAUUUAUUUAUUGAAAAAAAAUUCUAAGCAAGUUUUUCCCUUUUGGUUUGCUUUUGUUUCUUUGGUUAGUAUUCAGAUCAUGCGAUGAAUGCUAUCAUUGAUUAUGAUGUGCUAUCCUUUUUGUUUUUGUACUUCUUUUCACAUGUUUUUCUUCUUAACGUUAUCCAACCAAAAGGAGAGGACACUGAUGUCAAAAGAGAUGAUCUUGCAAGGGCUCUAAUGGUAGCUUUCUCAUCAACACCUCUUCUUGAGCCAUAUGUCAUUCCCUUGCUUCUUGAAAAACUCUCUUCUUCUCUGCCAUCAUCAAAGGUUGAUUCUUUAAAGUAUCUGAGCUAUUUCUCAUUAAAGUAUGGAGCAGACAGGAUGGUCAAACAUGCUGGAGCUAUUUGGAGUUCAAUUAAAAGUGAAAUGAGUACUUCAGUAAAAGAGCCUACUGAAGCUGUUACAUCAGAAUCAAUAAAUGGUCUUGGGUUUCAGGAAAAUGAAAUUGCAGCAGAAUCUUUAGUGCUUCUGGGAAAAGUUGUCUUGCAAAAUAACGAUUUAUAUUUAAGUUUGAUUCUGGAUGAUGAAGACAUUAGUAGAAUUUUCAACAUCAUCACAAGUUAUAGGAGUUACAAUAAUAUCCCAUUGGAAGGUAAAGAAAGGCUACAUGUUGUUGGUCGUAUCCUAUAUAUUACCUCAAGAACUUCCAUUGUUUCCUGUAAUAGAGUGCUUGAAACUUUUUUUCCCUGCUUGGUGGAGAUUCUGGAAAGAAAUUCAUCUAGGGAUCACUUCCUAAAUUUUGGAGCUCUCUAUCUCUGUGUGGAACUCCUUGAUGCAUGUAGAGAUUUGAUUGUAGACUCUGGAGAACUUGCUUCUAACUCUAUUUCAACUCACGAGGCAUGUUGUUGCAUCAUUCAGAACUGUUUUGAUUCACUAAUUCAUAUUCUCAGCUCUACCCUUAUUGCAACUGCUAAUGAAGCUGUUCAUGAUGUCGAUAUUUACUUUAGAGGUAAUUGGUUUUAUUUAAAGUACAUAUUUUGUCUGGUUAAACAAGUCACUGUUUUGAUAUGAUAAUGUCGUUUCUUGGCCCUUCUUUAGUAGCCCAUUUUUUGUUUGUUUGUUUUUGCUUUGGAGAAAAUAUAAUUUGCACUUCAGUACUAUUUUUCUAUAAGUAAUUUUAGAACCAAUGUCAUGAGAGUUACAAAGUAAACUUUUGUAAUUCCUAGUAUUUUUUUU